AUGAAGGGGGCCGACACUGCUUCCCAAAGCAUCCUUCCUUGUGCUCAUCCACAGACAAAACUGACUCCCUGGCCCCUGAGUUGUCUGUUGGCCUUGCAGCAUCUCCUGGUCCAGGUCUCCUUUCUCUGCAUCUUUCACGUUCUCUUUGUCACCACCCUACAACAUGAGAAGCUGAGUGGUACUCAGUGUUGGAAUGAGCUUCUGGCAUGCAACCUCUUUGCCUGUGGCAUCUCCACAGCCUUACAGUGUGGACUGGGUACAAGGUUGCCGCUGAUUCAGGCUCCAUCUUUUGAGUUCCUUAUCCCAGCCAUGGUACUGACCCAACAUAUGGCUACAAUUCACCAAUUGAAAGGAAAUAGCACUGAAGCCCCUGAGGUAUGUGCUGGACCACACUGUGAAAGUACAAGAAACUGGGACUGGUCAUUGCGUGAGGUCUCUGGUGCAGUGCUGGUCUCAGCUCUGGUGCAGGUGGCCUUGGGGGUAUUAGGUGCUUGUGGCUGGAUUGUUCAUCGUUGUGGGCCCAUGGUCCUGGCCCCCAGCCUCUCUGUCAUUGGACUUUCAGCAUAUCGGCCUGCUGCUCUUCUCUGCUCUGAAAACUGGGGAGUAGCCUUGCUGCUCGUGUUGCUGAGUGUUUUGCUAUCCCAGCAUCUGGCUUCCUGCCGAUUGCCCCUCUGCCAAUGGAGCCGGGCAGGGGGCCUUUCUAUAAGAUCAUGUAGUCCAGCCCUCCACAUGUUUUCGGUUCUGCUGCCAGUCUCUGGGAUCUGGCUUGUCUGUGGGAUCCUGAGACCCAUUCCAACCCCCUGGGACGUGUUGUAUCCUUCCAUGCGCCAGUUGACUCUCAUCAACAGCACCCGGCAAUCCCCGUGGCUCCAGGUGCCUUACCCAGGUGAGCAGGGCUGGCCAGUACUUAGUUCUCAUGCAGUAGGCAUUGGUGUUGCCAUGGGUAUUGCCGCAAGUGUGAAUUCUGUAGGGUGCUACCUGUUGUGCAGCAAGGCACUCAACGAUUCACCCCCACCACUGCAUGCAUGCAACAGAGGACUGUGUGCGGAGGGCCUAGGCAGUCUUCUGUCAGCUGUGCUGGGAAGUGUGUCUGGAACAGCAUCCAGCAUGCCCAAUGCUUGUGCCAGCAGUCUGACCCAGGAUACCUCUGUCCGCUCAGCGUGGAUCAGCGCGUUGGUAUGUGUAAUGUUGGGCCUGUCUCCUCGGCUCACGGGACUCCUUGCCACCAUCCCUCUGGCAGUGCAUGGAGGAAUGCUCUGUGUGACAUACAGCGUGGCUGUGGGUACCGGCAUUUCCUACUUCCAAUAUACAAACAUUGACUCGGGCAGGAAUAUCUUCAUUGUGGGCUUCACCGUUUUCAUGGGACUACUGGUUCCGAAGUGGUUCUUCAGUGUGCCAGGGUCCCUGGCCACAGGUUUUGUCUCUGUUGACUUCUUCCUCCUUUCUCUGCUGAUGGUUCCUGCCUUUAUAACUGGACUCCUGUCCUUUUUCUUAGAAAACACAGUCUCAGGCACCCUGCAAGAGCGUGGAUUGCUCAACUACUUGUCAGCAGACAAAUCAGAGGGAGAGAAUUCCUUGCAACAAAGCAGACACGGUUCUGCACACAGAUAUGAUUUGCCUCUUGUCCUGAGAAAGCAUUUGCCACGUUCUUGGUGUAAGGGCUUUCCUUUCUGCUUUCUCUGUCCCCUUGAGGAAGACAAAGAGGAGAUUGUGAAUAGUUACCCCCUGGAAGAAUUGCACUGUACAGCAGGGGAAGCCACAGAUCUGCUGCUGAAACCGGGAACAGCGAAGCUGGAGUCAGAAUCAGAGCAGGAGCCAGGCAUUUACAAAGGGAAUUUGGAGAACUAUAAAUGUGCCAUACCAAUGGCUAAUGAUAUAAUCCCUCUGUGCUGA